AUGAAGUUCAACCUUUUCAGGAAGGCACAGCCGGUGGCCCCCGCUGAGCCCACCGGAGCUACCACCAUGGCCAGUAUGGCCCCCACCCCAGCCGCCAUCUCUACUGUGGCCGAAAACUCUGGCAACCAGACGGAGAUCAGCAAGCACGACAUGUUUGAAGAGAUCAAGAGCAAAUUCUUGAAUGAAAUCGACAAAAUCCCACUGCCCCCGUGGGCCUUGAUCGCCAUAGCAGUGGUGGCUGCUCUGCUUGUCCUCACCUGCUGCUUCUGCAUCAUCAAGAAGUGCUGCUGCAAGAAAAAGAAGAACAAAAAAGGCAAGAAGGGCAAGGACGGCUUCAACAUGAAGAACAUGGAGGGUGGUGAGAAACCGCAGGAUGAAGAUGAUGAUGAGGGAGAGACCGGGCUCACAGAAGAGGAGAAGGAGGAAGAGGAGAAGGAGCAAGAGAAGUUGGGCAAGCUGCAAUAUUCCAUCGACUAUGACUUUGAGAACACAAAGCUCACUGUCGGGAUCCUUCAAGCGGCAGACCUCAUGUCCAUGGAUUCGGGCGGGACUUCAGAUCCGUACGUUAGAGUUCUGCUCUUCCCUGACAAGAAGAAGAAGUUUGACACCAAAGUCCACAAGAAAACGCUCAACCCAGUAUUUAAUGAAACCUUUGUCUUCAAGGUGCCCUACGAAGAGCUCGGUGGCAAAACUCUGGUGAUGUCCGUUUUCGACUACGAUCGCUUCUCCAAGCACGACGUCAUCGGCGAGGUGAAGCUGCCCAUGAACACCAUCGACCUCGGGCGCCCCAUCGAGGAGUGGCGCGACCUGGAGAGCGCCGAUCAAGAGGAGCCCGAGAAACUCGGGGACAUCUGCAUCUCCUUACGUUACGUCCCCACUGCCGGGAAACUCACCGUCUGCAUACUGGAGGCCAAGAACCUAAAAAAGAUGGAUGCCUGUGGAUUAUCCGACCCAUAUGUCAAGAUCCAGCUGUUGCAGGGGGGUAAGCGUCUGAAGAAGAAGAAGACAACGGUGAAAAAGAACACCCUUAACCCGUACUACAAUGAGUCCUUCAGUUUUGAAAUCCCGCUGGAGCAGAUGCAGAAAAUCCUCGUGGCCGUUACGGUGUUCGACUACGACAAGAUCGGCAAGAACGACGCAAUCGGCAAGAUCUUCGUGGGCAGCAAGGCCACGGGGCUAGGUCUUAAGCACUGGUCUGACAUGCUGGCCAACCCACGGCGCCCCAUUGCCCAGUGGCACCCUUUGCAACCGGAGGAGGACAUCGACGGUCAGCUCGCCUCCUUGGCAGCCAAGAAGUAA